GAGUCGUUGAAAGUAUAGACGAGUGCUAGGAACAAAGCUAACAAGUUCAUAAGGAUUCAUUUGUGUUCAAGUGUUCGUUGGUUACGCGUAUUUCAGAAUUAAAUACUGUGAGCAUGGAUUACCCGACGAAGGAAAAGCUGCAGCUGGCCGAACACUCAGUUACUCCCGCCCCAGGAUCCUCAGAGGCGUCAGCAGAGAAACCCGAAGAAGCAAAUAGCUGCUGUUUCUGCUGCAGUUAUCGGGCGGGCAGCAUCAGCAUCGCCAUCUUCUACCUGGUGGUGCACUUAAGUUUCUUAGGCCUUGCAAUCACUGUCUUCUGCAGUGUGGGUGUGAGAAACAUUGGAGCCUCUGGAUUUGUCACACUUAGUAUGAUGAUAAUCUCAAUAGUCUUUAUCUCCUUGAUGUUAUACGGUGCCGUAAAGCGCCGUCACCACUACCUCCUAGCCUGGGCUGUGUGGGAGUUCUUAAGCAUCGGCCUCGGAUCGGCGGCUGUGGUCAUCAGUCUCUUCGGUUUUGGCGCCAUUGGACUCGUGGGCUUCAUUGCCAUUGGUCUCCGAAUCUUCUUCCUUAACGUCGUUCUGCAGUACCGUGGCCAGCUGAUGGCCCAGCCUCCGAAGUCAGAGGGCAACGCCCAGACCUAAUUUACGAAGAUGCAGCCUCCUUUUCCUCCCACACUGGGCUUCAGGAAAUUUGUGAAACCUCUAGUGUUUCAUUAUACAUAUAUAUGUAUGUGUG